GUCGCUGUUCUAAACUCCUCACGUCUUCCUCAACAAAGAGUUUCCGGUUUUUGUAGAGGCGUGGCUAAUACUGCUGCUGCGUUCAUGCCGUGCUCUGCUUCUACUCUCUCUGCUCAACUGCUCUCACAAUGGAGCUGUCUUGUGAAUCCGUGAGAUACCCAGAGGACAGAAGACCGGCCAGUUGCAAGUUUGUGGAGCUCCAUGUGCUGUAUGUACCAGAUGACCAAUGGAAUGUGAAGCUCAACAAAGUACCAGCAGAAGCCAUCGAGACUUUCAUCUCUGCAGGCUUCAUCAGGGUUUUUCCUGACGUCACCCUGAAUAGUCUGAGGAACGAGCUGGGCGCUCUCCUUGGCACAGAGAGGAGCAUCAACAAAUUCUCCUUCCUGAAAUGUGUGGGCCGUAGUUUGGCACUGGUCAAAAGCAAACAGGAGAAGGAUCUCAAAGUGAAAACCUUUGCUCCACCAUAUGCCCCACAGCCAGAGCUUUACCUGCUGCCCACUGUGGAGAACGGCAGCAGUGUUUGCUCCCAGUCUCUCACUACAGACACCAGCAGCAGCAGCAGCAGCAGCAGCUCCCCACACCCCCCGACAUAUUACCACCUUCCCAAGACAUGCAGCCUGCCAACGAGGACAAAGGAGCCCAUUAAAUUCCCCCUCAUCCCCCAGUGUUCCCAUCAACCACCUCCCACCCUCAGUCUGGAGGAGGGGGAGGAUGAUGAAGAGGAGGAGGAAGAAGAAGAGGAACAGAGCUACAGUUCUUCAGAGGGAGAUGGAGAAAAUGAAGAGGGACAUCUCUCCUCUAACAAAUCUGAAUGGGCAGAGCACAAGUGUUGUCUGAGGAAGAGUCGGAAUCAAAGGGCACCGCAGCCGGUUUUACUAAAUACAGGUUUAUGUGGACAGCGACAGGAAGCUGAAGCCACUCAGGUGAAGGAGCCGACACAAAAAGAAGAAACCAGCAGAAAAAAGAAACAAUACCACAGAAAAGUGACCAGAGACUCAGGAGUAGCAGAAUCUCUGGAGGAUGGAGAGUCAGGCUCCACCCUCACAGAUGGGUACUGUAUUGUCGGGCCUGCAUGCAUGGACAAGUGCACCAUCACUGCUGCGUGUUGUUCUAACAGUGUGUCUGUCUGCAGGCUCGGGAAAUCAAAAGAAACACAUGCACGUAAACCAGCGAGUGAGGUGACAGAGAGUCCAGCUGUGUCGUCUGGGCCUGUGCGGCGUAACUCUCCUCCUCCUCCGGGUCUGGACUUGGCCUUGGUUACCCAUAAACCUGCUGCUCCUCCGGUCUUCCAGACAAACAGAGAGGAACUGAUCGAGGAGAUCAAGCUGGUGAGGGAGGAGAGAAAGCAGCUGGAGUGGAUGAGGCAGGAGUUGCUGAGGAAGGGGAAAGAUUUAUUGGCCCAGAAUAGACAUCGUAGGAACCAAGCGCGGGACAGCUGGAAAAAGAAAUACUUUGAAACCAAGAAGGCCACGGCACCACUGGAGGACAGUCUGAGGAAGUUACGACAAGAGUUGGAGACGUUUUACAACAAACUGCUGCACCAGCUCCAGGCCAGAGAUAACAGAGGGAAGCAAGGACGGCAAGGCAGGUCUUCCAUCAAGAACGAGCUCAUCAUUCAGAUUAUGACUGAGAGCCAUGAGAUUGACGACCUGAAGAGGAAAGUAGAAGAUGCAAAAAUGAAGCUGGUAACGGAGAUAAAGUUGAGGAAACAGGCUGCGACAGAGCUGAGGGCGCUGAAGGCCGAACUGGCCCAGAAGAAAAGCCAGUCAUCUCAUCUGGGACCUACGUCCUCUCUGGGCUUCGGACAUACCACAUGCAACAGAGCACAUCUUUAAAACACAUGUCCGCCUAAUCCUCUGUUUACAAGGACACAAGACUGAUGUCUGAUCUCAAAUGGACUUUCUUAAGUAUCACAUUUUUGACAAAACCUACCUUUUUUACCUGAAUUUUGUGUUUACGUUCUCUACAUUUUCUUACUACAUUAUGAGCCACUCAUGAGCAUGGCCGGAAUUCUUCACGAUGUCAAUGUUGUCCUGUUUUGUUCAUUUUGCUCUGUGCUGUAAGCUUGUCACAUUUACAAAAGGAAAAUGCUUUAUAUAAAAUCCAAAAAGAACAAUCACUUUCAAAUCAAAAUUGCACUUUGAAACUAUGCUAUUUGGAAAUCGCCUGCAAUUGAGCUAUUUGUUUUUGUUCUAUGUUCCACUCAGU